AUGGCGGAUAAGAAGAUUGAAGAGGGUGAUAAAGUUUCCUGGAAUUGGCGCGGCGCAAAUCCAGAGGGGACGGUGGGAGAGGUAAAGGCUGGAGAGGUUACGGUUACGAGCCAGCGCGGGAAUGAAAUUAAGAAGACGGGGGAUGAAACGGAUCCCGCGGUGCAUAUUGAGAGGAGUGGGAAUGAUGUGGUGAAGUUGGCUAGUGAGUUGGUGGUUGAGGAGAAGGGUGAGAAUGGGGAGAAGGGGGAGGUGAAAGAAGAGGUGAAGGAGGGAGAGGAGAAGGAAGAAGAGGAGAACAAGGAGGAGGAGAAAAAGGAAGAGGAGAAAAAGGACGGAGAGGAGAAGAAGGAGGUUAAUGAUGGAACUGAGGACUCUGAGAUGAAGGAUGAAGAGAAAGGUGAAAGUGAUGGGGAAAUCAAGGUUGAGGAGAAGAAGGAUGAAAUCAAUGCCAAUGGCGAAACCAAAGACGAAGACAAGGUCGAAGCCAACGGUGAAUCCAAGGUUGAGGAGAAGGUUGAAGCCAAUGUUCAAGAUGAAAAGGCUGAAUCUAAGGAAGAAGACAAGAAGGAAGAGGAUGUUGAGAUGAAGGGCGUUGAGAAUCAGACUGAAGAGAAGAAACCCGAGGAAAAGGAUGGAAAGGAAGAUGAAAAGAAAGUUUCGAGCGACAAAGAAGACCAACCCGAGAUCAAACCACAAAAGGGAAAUAAGCGCAAAGCAGACGAGUUGGAAAGCGAUGAAGAAAAAGCAGAAACGAAUGAUAACAAGAAACAAAAAACGGAUGCUACUUCCAACGGCACUGCGGACGGUACCACCCCAAAGAAGAAGCCUGGCAGACCAAAGGGUGCUUCUACAGCUAAUGGUACACCAGCAAAGAGAGAAAAGAAAGUUCCUGCUGUUGGUAGAGCUCAACGACAGACGAGAAGUCAGGCGCGCAAGGAUUCUGUUUAG